AUGGCCACCCUCAAGACGCCUCUCACGGAGCUGCUGGGGAUCAAGUAUCCCAUCAUGCUGGCAGGCAUGGGCAGCGUGUCGGGCCAUGAGCUGGUGGCGGCAGUGAGCAAUGCCGGGGGCAUCGGCACGCUGGGGGGCGUGAUGUUCGAGCUCGACGGAUUCAGGAAGGAGAUCAAGGAGGUCAAGAAGCGUUUGAAGCCUGGCGUGCCCUUCGGCGUGGACCUGCUGAUUCCCAAGGUCGGGGGCGGGGCCCGCGCCACCAACAAGGACUACACGAACGGUGCACUCCCAGAGAUGGUGGACAUCAUGAUUGAAGAAGGCGUGAAGCUCUUUGUGAGUGCGGUGGGGGUGCCGCCCAAGUGGGCGGUGGACAAGUUGCACGCUGCUGGCAUCGUGUGCAUGAACAUGGUGGGCGCCCCGCACCACGUGGCCAAAGCGCUCGAGGUGGGCGUGGACAUGAUCUGCGCCCAGGGCACCGAGGCCGGGGGCCACACCGGGGAUGUGGCCACCCUGCCGUUGAUCCCGCAGUGCGUGGACGAAUGCAGGGGCAAAAAGAACUUCUUUGGCACCGAUGUGCCGGUGAUUGCAGCAGGCGGCAUCUUUGACGGCCGGGGCUUGGGCGCCUCGCUUUGUCUGGGCGCUGUGGGGGUUUGGGUUGGCACCCGCUUCAUCUGCUGCGAGGAAGCCAACGCCGGGCCGGUCCACAAGAAGCGCAUUGUUGAGGCGCAGAGCGUGGACACCACUCGCACGGAGGUCUUUACGGGUCGGCCCUGCCGCGUGCUGAAGACGCCCUACGUGAAGAGUUGGGAUGGUCGGACCCAGGACCUCAAGGACAAGCUCACCCAAGGAAUCGUGCCCUAUGUGGAGGAUGUGCAGGCUGAGCGCGCCAGCGUCUCCGAGUUCUUCCCGGCGAUAAUGGGCCAGGCCGUUGGAGGAGUACGAGCAAUCAAAACGGCGGACGACAUUGUGCAGGAGAUGAUUGGAGACGCACUGAAGUCCAUCAACUAUGCUCAGAGCUGCGUGAGCAAGCUGUGA